AGUUACUUUGUUAUUCCUAUAUCGUUAAUGUCCAGUUCUACUACCACAACUGAGAGCAGCCCCACCAUAGCCCCUUCCGCUGGUAUUGAGACCUACGACUAUCACACCAAACAGCAAGGGGAUGUUCUCAGAGACACCCAACUGCGUUAUCUAGCCUUUGCUCAGCGUAUACUCCGCGUGAUAACGCCCUCAGCCAAGCAAGUGAGAUACUUGGCGUUCACUUCUGAUGUCGGGGAAGCCUUCCGUCCAGUCGUCCCUAAGUGGCUUGUCAAUACCUCCUACGCCACAACAAUUGGCUACAUCUUUGGGGAUAUCGGCUACUCGACUUGGCUGGAGUAUAAGCGUACUAAGGAUCUCGCCGAUCACAAAAUUCGAGUUUGGACUGCAGCGGCUAAGGCAACGACCUUCCAGAUGGUCGCCAGUUUGGCUCUGCCCUUUGCCAUUAUACAUUCUACUGUACACUACUCUGGUGUUAUGCUACGUCGUAUGGCUGUCAAGAAUGCACGCCUUCUCCAGAUGGGCCCUACCAUGAUCGGCUUGGCAAUUGUUCCUUUCCUCCCCAUUGUGUGUGAUAAGCCCAUCGAACAUGGUGUUGAUCUCAUUUUCGAGAAGUGGGGUCCUAAGAUCGCUAGUGAGGAGGCUGCGAAGACCAAGGAAAAGGAGGAGUAGUUCGUGUGACUGUGGUGUCGUCGUUCAUCGUUACUUUUCCAAUGUUAAGAAUAAUA